AUGACACACCACUGGAAUUUCAACGAACCUUUUCCUUAUAAGGAUAAGAUAACAGGUCAAGAAGGAACGUUUAUGGGUAAUGAGGAACCUUUAAAAUCCAUGGAUUACCUCAGGUUGAGUGGGAUGUCCUGCUUGAUCCUUGGCACCUUCGCAGAUCCCUGCCUUCUUAACAUGAGCACUUGUCAUUCGGGAUAUUCCUUGGCGUUCUGGAUACAACCAAAUACCAAUGCAACUUCUCCUCAAAUUUUACUUGGAACAGCUCGAAAUGGCUCCGAAAUACACGGCGUUUUUGUCUACCAAACCCAAGUUAGAGGAAAUAAAAGUCUCACUGUGGCGGCUCAUGUCAAUGGACUCAGAUGGAAAGCACCAAUUCGUGUUUCAAAUAAUACUUGGGAUUUCAUUACCUUAACAUGGAACGUGACAAUUCGUGAUAAGCUAAGAGUUUUUUGGAACGGGAUCAAAGUGAAACUAUCUCUGGAUGAAAAUGUAAGCGAUAGGCCAUUAGAAAAACUUCUAAAACUGAGAGGAUCAUUUCCGGGUAAAGGGGUGCCUGCGUCACUAUACUUGGAAAGCGGGGGUUUCUACGAUGAGGUUAUGACAUGGAACAGGUCGCUGAAGGAGCCUGAAGUCAAAAGACUUUUUCAGUCCCAAAUGAGUAAGUUUCUAAGUUCAGCCUAUUCUUAAAGGACAUGCGGUCCUCACCAAUUUAAGAAAUGACACAUCUGAAAUGUCCUAAGCCAAUAAUGUUUUCUUUUCUUGCAUUUCAGACAAGCUCUCAGAAAUAACUUGUAUUUCAACGAACACGACAUUGAACAUAACGUGGCAGACGAUAAAACGAAACAUAUUCUCUACAAGGAUGCAGGGGUUUACAGUGAAAAUCUCGAGAAAUCACCAGCACAUUAAAGCUGCAGAGGAUCUCAACUUAUUUAUUAAUCAUUAUUUUUUCAGUCGCCUGGGUAAGCAUGUUUACUUGCAUUUCAUAACUUAGCAAUCCAACCCAACUAAUACUCAUUGCAAUUUCCAUCUUGCUGCCAGUUAUAGAGCCGCAUGCGCCGCUAAUCAACUGUUGUAAUAUCAUAGGUGACGAAUUACUCUUUUUGGCGCAAAAUUUGAGCGAUAAUUUGUAACUUCACAUUGUAAAAUUACAAAAUUGCCAUGGCAACCUUCCGUAAGUCUCAGUGUCAAGGAGGCGACGAAGUUUUAAAAUGUCAUGAUUGAAGAUGUCAGGGCAUAAAAAGACUUUUUAGAAAACCUGAACACACGAAAGAACACAUCAACUAACAUGAACUAAAGCCAAAUUUAAGCUCUGAACGUUCGCGAGAAUAGAGUUCUUAACCUUGAUCGAUACGAUCCUGGAUAAACAUGUCAAAAAUCCAAGAUUGCUAACGUAAUUCGUCACCCAUGAUAUUAAUAGGUAAUCAAAUGGUAUACUUGUGAAAUUAGGGAAUAAUUUCAUUUGCGUUUGGUCAAAGGCUAGGGAAACGGGCGUGAAAUUAUUCCCUAAUUUCACUCUUCACUAUUUGAUUACACAUACUAAUAUUAAAAUUUUAAGUUUAUAUCCUAUGGCUUUUAUCUCACUUCAAGAUCCUCCGUUAACUUAAAAAAAAGAUAGCCAUUUCACCCAUACCUUUCCCUCCGCCUUUGCCCAUAAAUGGCUGAAUUAGAAAACGUUCAUCGUUAAAUACACCCUCUCCGGUAAGAAUUGUGUUAAGCAUGGUGAAUGUAAUCACAGCUGCGGGAUACGGAAUGAAUUCCAAAAUAUACUUGUGUCAUUUUCUGAACUCAUGUAGUUGUUAUUGAACUAUAUACUGUCGUUCUUGAACUUUGGUGUCUUAAUUGAACUAAACAAAAAGGAAAACUGAGCCAUUAAUUCCAUAUACUGGGCUAUUCUGGUAUAUGGCAACCAUGUCUUUCCCUUAAACUGCCCGCUAUUCGCCAGAUCUGACAGCUUAGUUUACUGUGGAAGGUCAUUGCCCUUGUGCGUCAGGCAUCCGAUGUAUUAGGUGCUUGUGCAUGUAAAAACAGAGAGGGAUGUUUAUGGGCGGGAUAUCAUGGUUGUAAAACCCCCUCACAUUUCCGUCAUCACUUUCUAGUUAACAAUCUCAUUAGUAAUACCAUGCUAUAGCGUUUACCGAGGUGGUCUGGUGGAUAGGGCCGUUAACUUUUAGCUUUUACCGAGGUGGUCUAGUCGAUAGAGCCGUUAACUUUUACAAACAUUUUGAAAGUUGGAAGUCCAGGACUUGUGCGGUAAAAAAAAUCUGUUUAUUUAAAUAUGGAUUGAUGGUAGUCGACUCAGUCAGGUAGGGCCAGCUGUGGUACCACGGUUUGAAACGUGCGGAAAGAGAGUCAAAACACAAGGUUUCAUCCACCGUUAACCGUUAUGUUUCCUGCUUUAUCAACGAGCACUUUGUCAGUUUUUUAGUGUGAAGUUUUCUCCGGAACGAGUUAGCUUUCCCUUUUCAGCGCUGACUCUCUUUCCGGGUCUGUUCUUUGUGCCCCCGAUGAGAAUGACAGACCUUCUGAGCAGACUAUAACUUUUAAAUUAACAUCAGUCUAUGUUCUAGUCUAUUUUAGUGAGCUCACUAGAACAACAGUGUACCAUAGCUAUUUAUCAAUUUAAUUCUUGUACCGUUGCUAAAAGAGUAUUUACCGCUUACUUAAUGCUACAUAUUCAUAUUAAAAAUAUCUAACGUAUUUGUGGCUAUUUUCCUCGCAGCUACAUGUAGUUUACGCUCAGUGAACUAAUGUGUGGUCAUUGAACAAUACUGGUGUGGGUUAUUGAACUAAAAAAAACGACAAACUAAUAGUGUGGUAGUAAAUUUACCAUGAAUUCCAGCAUAGUGCUCUUGCUUUGCAGAUGUCGUUACAAAAUCUUUUACCGUCGGAUCCCGUAGCGUAGGGGACAUCGAAAUUUCGAAAAUUAAAGCUCGACUGACAUCAACUCUAGCGAGUUUACUUGAGGUCUCUAAAGAAAAGUAACCAUGCAGGGUCAAUAGUCUUGUUAUUAAUUCGUUUUUAGUGCCAUAUGCUUUAUAUAAGGUUCGUCUUUGGCUGAAAGCCGAAAGUGAAAGGAAGCGCAUCGGGGCUUUGCUUUGUCGGACCAAAGAAGGAGGUAAGGAAAAAGUUAAAUUAAGCUAACUUUUACUAACACUUACACUUUUGAUGUGAAGUAUAUAUGAAAUAAUUCAUUUUUGAACUGCGGUUGUAGAUCAAAGUGAAGAAUGAUCAUCGCAGUAAAUUUUCCAAUUUAAGCAAUUGGAAAGAAGAAACCUGAAAAAAAUCAGGGCUUCAACGGGAUUCGAACCCGUGACCUCCGCGUUACCGGUGCGUUGCUCUACCAACUGAGCUAUGAAGCCACACAUUGGGAGCGAGGUCAAUUUAUUGAGUUACACUUACACUUACACUUUAACCACCUCCUUAACAAAAAUUAAAAACAAGGAACAUCUGACUCAAUAAGUUUCCUCUUGGGUAUGAAUAUGGACCAGUUGAAAUUUAUAGCAAUAUCAUAGGUGACGAAUUACUCCUUAAUUUUGUCCCCAAUUUUUUCGUGAGACCGUCGAGAUAUAGUGCGUCUUACCAUUAAUGGUGGUCAUCUUGAUUUUCAAAUGUACCGAGGGGGCGGGAGUCGGGGAUUAUCAAAACGCGAUAAGGCACGUGAAAUAAUUACAACAGUACUGUUCCAUGAAAGGAAGUUGACUAACUGCUUGGAACAAACCGAUAAUCAAUGCAAACAGCACUGUUUAAAUUUCUGACAUUCUAACGAUCUUCGUUUAGUGCCAACGAAAGUUCAGAAUUUAAGGAUCACUGCUCAGAGCUCGACGUCUCUUUUGGUGCAAUGGUCUCCUCCAGCGCAAAUAAAUGGGAUACUUCUGGGCUACAACGUAAGAUUGCCAUUGUUGGUUUUAGAUUGUGAUCAAUUAACUAUAAGCUUACACUUUUGGAGUAGGCAUAUUAACGUGAUUUGAUUUUUUCUCCUUACCGUGUUCAAACUCCACUUCCCGGCGGUGCUUAAUACAUGUACCCGAAAACCCUAUUCAGUAGGCAAAAAAGUACAUAAGCGAACUCAUUGACGAAGAUGAUCUUACAUGGGACACGUCCGUUUAAAAUACUUUGACAGUUAUAUUAUAUUUUAAGUAACUUUUACUUUCUAACUUAUGAAAACCAUAGUUUUACAAAAAAUGAAAAAGCAUCGUUUUUUUAAAGACUGGGUAUUUUUAUAUUAUUGAUGGUUAGAUAAUCUCGAAGUCAGCAUCUCUCUUCUAACGGAUCAUAGCGUAUUAGACUUUCAAGCUUAGGCUGUUUAUUUUAUCUUUCAAGCCCAAAAAAUAUAUAUCCGCUACUUAGAGCCGAUUUCCAGUUAAUGAACAGUGACAGUGGGUAACGAAGUGCCAAGCGAUGGUAUUUAAUGGACAAGGGUUCCUAACAACAGAAAUAGUUAAUAGUGGUUAAAGGCAGGGAUCCCCCUCUUGUUCAGAUUUAUCAUGGAAAGGAAGCGAUUACAAUAGAACAAAUCGGCACUGCGGAAACAGUGGCUAAGAGUUGAGUAGAGUGAUCAUGCAGUAAUCUUUUACAUCUCUACUUUGCAGUUGACUGUGGAAUCUACCCACGGUAAAUGUAAAAGGGUCAUCGUUGUUAAAGAAGCUACAAAGUACUUGCUAACAGACCUGAAACCCGAUUUAGAGUAUACAGUGAAAAUACAGAGUUAUACAGCAGCCGGCGGCAGUCCUCAGACAGUGCAAAAGAGCGCCAAAACUGAUAAAAAACGAACCGUAACAGGUAUGUCAAACGGUCAGCAGAGUACAGUUACAGUUCAAGUACAAACUCUCUAAACAAAUAACCCGUUUUGUCUCCAAAAUAAUGUUAUCGGAAUUAGCUAAAAGCAACAUAAUUUACACGCAACUCAGAAACUCAAGCGCCAUUUUGAAGUAACAAUUUUCUCCCUACCGCAGAUGGUAUUUCAUCAUCCAGUCGACAAAAUUUAGUGAAGGACCUACCCUCGCUGCGCAAUUUAUUGACACACAUUUCCACGUGACCAGGAACGUAGGUUGGCAAUCUACCGGAACGUAUUGGCACGAAUCGGCACGUGAUUAAUCGUCUAGAUUAGCUGACAAAACGACGAACUCCAUCACUUGAUAAAGAUUCCGUUUUGGAAUCAAAAGUUUAUGUAUGCUUAGUCGUGGAGAAGUUUUCUAUCCUGGAAUUUGAAAGUUCAUCUGCUUUAAAUAAUUGUAAAUACAUAAUAUCGUCUUUAUGUUAGGCAACCUGAAAAUAUUAAUUCAUACUGAGAGCGUUUAGCGAACCUAUAAAAAUGAUGAUAAUAAUUUGCUUUUACUGUCAUUAUGAUACUUAGACGAGUGCAAAAAGGAUAAGAAUCAGUGUCAUGCGCAUGCCCUGUGUAAAAACACCAAAGGUUCUUAUUACUGCUUUUGUAAGAAAGGCUAUACGGGUGAUGGUCAUAGCUGUGUAGGUAAGACAAAAUUUAGUAAUUUUUAAAAGCUUGGUCUGGGCACAUUAGAUGUGCGUUUUAUUUCUGGUUUUAUUCAUAACUAAUAUGAUUUGAAAUCUAAUAAAUUAUUUUCAGCCCUACCGGUAAUAAAAGGGAAAGCUGAAGGCGAGUACUGUGAAAGCGAGUUGUUGAAAAAUAUUUCUUGGAUGAGAACAGAGAAAGGUAAAACUGUAAGGAAGCCUUGUCCAUUUGGAUUCUCAGGUGAGAGCCUAAGAUACUAUCUACUGUUAAUACAUUUUCCAAUAGUCAUGUUACUUGUAUAGAGUGUUAAUUGCCUUUUAGGACAUUUUGAAACCGCAUAUGUUUUUAAAGCAUCGGCCUUUCGUAUCCAGCUAUUUCGAGAAAGGUUGUCGGAAAAAACGUGCACGCGACAAUCUCGAAUGGCAAUGUGGGAUAUGAUCAAUACACUGUUCCCGACGACUGUAGCUGUCGAACCUACUUUUGUUGCUUUCCUUUAGCACUCGCAAACAUAUAUCCAUGGCCUCUCGUGCUAUUCUUUCAAAUUUCUUUGAAGAACAGUGAACUCAAAACCACCCACAAUUCUACCUAUCGGGAUUGUCGCGUGCACUUUUUCCGACAUCGUUUCUCGAAAUGGCUGUAUGCGAAACCUGUGAAUCCGCUUUCCGAAACUGCAUUUCUUUGAAACCGCUCUCCAGACUGAUUUACGGCUCCGUCCACACGAAUUCGGGUAAAAAAGUAGGAGGUUUCAAAACAUGUCUGGAUUCGUGUGGACGUGCCCUUAACGAAACAUGGCUUAUUCCAUUCAAGUUUAAACGAUUCCAAAAUUCUUCCCCGUCGUUGCUAGGUUUUGCUUGCUAGAUUGUGCUUGCAAAAGUAGCAUAGUGCUAAAUUAUACAAAUAAAUAUGCUACUUUUUGUAAAUUAUGCUCUCUUUAGCAAAAAAUGCAGAAACCUUGCUUCUACUUUUUACUUUUAAAAUUUGUGAAAAAAAAAAACACCUCAAUAACUAUGCAACAAACAAGUAAAUGGCAAACACAACAAGUCCUGGCUCACUUCCUGCAGGACUGUAAGGAGACAAAAAAUGAUUUUGUUUCUUAAAUUUGCCUGUAACACAGUGAUCUCCGGUGGGCCGAAAAAUAAUUUUGUGCGGCAAUACUAGCCAAAAGUGUAUUAACUACGCUAGCAGUGCUUUUUUCGGAGUAUAGAUGAAAAUUGUGCUCGUAAUGACGAAUUCUUCCAAAAAUUAUGCUAGCACAAUCUAUCAAAGGCUAAUUGUUGCGUUCAAGUAAUAAGUCCCUGUGUUGACUGUAUGCAGGAAAUGCUACGCGCAGUUGUUCAGCGGCUGGAAAGGUGUCUUGGAAAAAACCAGAUUUAACGAAUUGUGUCUCCAGGAGACUCCUACAGCUUAAGUCACAGGUAUGUUGAAUAAUCGCCUAAAACUUUUAUCAAAAAUGUCCGCUAAAGCUAUGGCAGUGUACUCCUGUAAUGGUUAACCAAACCGUAUCACAAAUAUGAAAUGAUUAAAUUUACCCACAAAUUAAUUAGUAUUUAACUGAAGCUAGAACUUAUUUAGCUGCAAUUGCAGCACAACAUUCGUUAUUACAGUUUUACUUGCCACUUCAUAUUUAACGAAUGUAUUUUAAACUUUUUUUGUUUUGUUUUAAUAGACCUCUUCGCAAAUAAUACAGCCUGACUUUGCUAUGUCAAUAACAAAAGAUUUGCUGCGUAUCAGUGUGAACUUUAAGCACGAUGACCUUGUGGUUAGUGGUGAUUUAUUCACUGCAGUGGACAUUCUUCAGACUUUGGGACAGAAGACAGCAAUAAAUGCAACAACGAAACAGGAAAACGCCACUCAGUUGAUAGAAGUAAGCAUGUGUAGAAAGUGAAGUAGCAGCAUCAGCCAUUGACCUUUUGGCAUUAUAAGGUUACCUUCCUCAAUUGUCGCCACCGAGCCUUAAACCAAUUACAUGUCUUGUUGUUAUUUUGUGAAGGGUGUUGUCGGAGUAGCAAGCAACCUUCUUCAUGACAAGGUGAUGGAAGCUUGGCAAGAUUCCUCCGAGGUACGACUGAUUGUUUACUUCAUAUACCCGACAGAGGCCUCACUGUUUUCCGUUUAUUGGAGCACGAGGCUCGGGCUUAAGUAAGGGUGGGGCGGGCUGGGUGGCCAGCCAUCUCCCUUUGAAAGAUUCCAAGCAGUUAGUAUAAUAGCGAUGAAAUUAACCUUUUUGGGCAGGAAUCUCAUAAAGGAGGUCAGGAAUACAUGAACGCCGAUGACGUCAUAGAUUUUGUCCAUACUUCAUGAUUGAAAUGCGGUGGAUUCUGAUUAAGAUAGGGUCAUGUGCUAUUUUUCAGAGGGUUUAACUGGUUUCUGGGGCGGAUCUAGGGGGAGGGGGUUCGAUUGAACCCCCUAAGUUAAAACAGCUUACGUCAAAAACUUGUCAAAAUAUAAAAUGAAUGCAGUGAAUCUUAAAUGCAAUAAAUUCAGAACCAAGUUAAACCUCUGCUGCUCAAUAAAGCCAGUCACUUCAAGCUUGUAAAACGCGCACCACCACGACAACGGAAAGGCUGUCCGCCUUAGCUAUCAUGAACAUUCACUACGAAAAGCCCGUUGACUACGAUGCUGUGCUUUGGAUUUGUGGUUUGACAAGUAUUAGAUCUACAAACGUCUUGCUUGUUGAUUGGUUGACAAAAACUUCAGAAAAGUAUUUAUUGGCUAAUUGAUUUUAUCGAAAGAAUAAGCGUUAACUAGCAUGUGACCUAAACUCACUGAGCCGUAACGUAAUUGUGCAAGUUCUAUUUCCCACCGCUUUCAUUGUCCACUGCAGACAACAAGUUGUUAUAGAUCCGAUUGGCGAAGGGAGAACAUUACAAAUGUGGUAGUGGAGGUAAAAUAGAAUAAAUUAGUAGGAGCAAAAUAACUGAAUCGUGGAGGAGAAAAAGGGGGGAUGUGAUAAGAAAUUGUGUUAGCUAGUUUGCCUUCAAGCUCAUCGAACGAUUUGCGCCACAUUUGAAUCAACAGAUGAAAACAUUUCUUCUUUUUUAGUCAACCAAUCAAAAAGCAAGACAUUCAUCGAUCUAAAACCUGUAAAACUACUUAAAAACCCUAAAAAAUAACACAUGACCUUAUGUUACUGAAAUUUCAGCUUGGCGUUCAUGUAUUUCUGCCUUCCUUAAUAAGAUUUCUCCUAAAAAGAAAGGUUAAUUCCAUCCCAACUCUACUACUCACGUACAGAAAAGCCGUUCUUACUUUUUAAGGCAACAAGCGUGUAGCGGCAGCAAGGGCAGAAGCACCGUGGAACAUUGGACCUGCUUUAAGUCCUUUUUCUGCCAUUUCACUUAUUUGGCUGUUUUUCUUUUCGUGUUGUUUGUGACUUUGAUUGAGUUACCAUGUAAAGGGUUACAAUUAUACGUUCCAAACAUUGGUUGAAUUUCUCUCUCGACCGUUUAAAAAUCCUGUACAUGCUCUUGAAUAAUGAGCUCUUUUGCUAUUUCCAUUCACUAAUUUGCCAAUUUCGUUUUUUUACUAUUUUUCGAAGGCUUCUCGUUCCAGCUGUGCUACAAAACUCCUAAUUUCAAUGGAGGAUCUGUCGCUUAAGGUUGCUUCAGUUUCAAACAAUACCAAUACAACCAGUGUCCAAACCUCAAAUAUAGGUAUGUAGGAACAGCACUGCCAACAAUAGUGGGACUGCGGGCGCCUUUUUUAGACAACGACAAGUCAUUAGCACUCAACGAGAAGUUAAUUAGAGUUUCCUACAGCAAUGUCAAAGUGCGACUAAUGUCGUGUAGGUCUGGCAAGUUAACAUUUGUUUUGCUUUUUGGUUUUAGUCUUGAGAUUCUGUUCACUUGAAAAGAACUCAUUCAUCCCAGAAGCUUUGUCCUUUGCCUCUAAGGAUAGAGGACUUGGAAACACGAUUCAGAUGUCCACCUCAGAAAUGUACAAAGAAUGUAACAGUUCAGGUAUGAAACUAAGGUACCUUGACGUUGAAAGGAAGAUAGUUAACAUACACCUGAUCAGCACUGGCUGAUUUCAAGUCUCUCUAAUCUCUCUGUAGAUCGUUUUUGGCCUUUGUUCGAAAGAUUUCUGUCUGCUUCUUCAGAGCUGUUCUUUGCGCUGUCACGCAACGUGAUUGACUGAUUUUUUAAAAAUUGAGAAGCAUGUUAGGUUCUCUGCAGUCGUUUGUGGAGAGGAGCGUUGGGUGACGACACAAGGAACGGCUGUGUAGCAGACUAAAAGAUUACGCGCUAUGAUUUACAAAACACUGGUAUAUGACUCACAAAAUCUUCCCUUAGAUCAUGGUACUUUGUAACACCAUUGAUAACAAAAAUGCUUGUUCGUCAACUGGUUUGUUUCCUGCUUCUUUCCGCUUGUUUUUACUUUUGUUCAGUAAUGCAGGUAGAAAUUGUGCUACAAACCUGCAUAACCAGUCUGCUGCAUAACAUUAUUUUUUAUCAAGGCGUUUCAAAUGAGAUAGUGUGGUUAAUGAAAGUACUUUGGGCGACUAGAAGCUCUGUUUGGCUAGGCAAAAUUUGAGAACAAAAAACAUUGACCAAAGACAUCUGCCAAUAUACAAUAUAGUCUAGGCCUGUUAAUACGGAGACUGAUGCAUGGGGUCAUAGAAAGCGUCCAUAUUAACGGAGUGUCAGUAUUAAGCGGGUGCCAUAAAAGAGGGGUUUGACUGUUAUGAUUGGUUGAACUUUGUAACAAGAUCACGUGGUUUGGAUCAACACGUGUUGAGUUGGUUUAAAAUAAACUUUGCUUUUGUACGAAGUGGAUGUGUCCUCGAUCUCUUGCUCAUAACAUUAACAGUAUGCAAAUCUCUCAAUGGCAAAGAUGUGGAAAAGUCAGCUACAUUUCAGUUAAAAGCAAGCGAUUGUUUACGGUGUGAUAAUACGAGCAGUCAAACGGGGAGCAAAUAGAAAAGCAUGGUUUAGAAUGGCCUAAACCGGAACGCUCAAGAUUCUGAUUGGUUGAAACCAGAUAUGCUUCAGAUAUGCCGUCUGAGUCUGAGAGCCCUUGUGUUAAGAAAUAAAUACCUUGACAUAAACUCCCAUUAUGCUGUCCACAUUCUUAUGAUGAUUAAUAAUUCUUGUUAUCAAACAUUUUGUAAAUAUUGUGCGUGUUUCUUUAAAUAGAAUGCGUUAAUCAAAUCGCGUUCAUCUACAUGAACAACAUUGGGCAACUGAUGUCAACGUCCAGUUUAAGGUUCGUAUAAAUUAUAAAUGAUGAUUGAUGAGGAGGAUGAAAUAUCAGUGACACAUUUUUUGAUUUGUCAGUACCUUAAUAAGAAAUGUAUAAUCGCAUUUAUUCAGGCAUGCUGCUACUCAGAAUAAAGGUGAUAGGGUCAGGUUUGAUCACCAGGCAACUUUAGCUUCCGGCGUCAUUUCUCUGUCGACUAGUCUAAGGACAUCCAAGAACUUUGAAAAACCUGUGGUGAUUAUCCUACAAAACAAACAGGUAAGAAAAUAACAGUACAAUUGACGGAGUAUUGUAUAUAACAUUGUUGGGUUUUUAUUGGUUUGUUGCUCAUGUUUCAAAAUCUCUUGUCAUAAUUCAUCACUUUUCAUUCCAGUGGUGAGCAUGCGCAGGGAAAAUAGAAUCAAAUGUUUUCCAGAACUUUUUGCUUGUUUAAGGUCACCGACAUCCUCAACCCAAGGUUCUCCAAGCUUUGUAUAGUCAUCCUCAAAGAGAAAACUUCUGGAGUCGGUCAUGCAUUUAUCAACUGAAAUUUCUUCAUUAUACCAAACUUAAUACCAACUUUUUGCGAUCGUCAUAAUAUCUCAUUGGUCAAUAUAAUCAUAAAUAACAUAUUUGACCGAAAUUUUGCUAUUUCUUAUCUGCCAUUUUUAUUUGUUUGCUUUUUUAAUUAAAAAAAUUCAGGUAAUUUUUGAGGGUUCGAGCCUUGGAUCACUGAUUUUUUUUUCACCUGUAUUUAACAUAUCUGUGAUGUUUUAAAAAGUUUUGGAGUGUAGUUUUAUUUGCCAAUGGCACUAACUUAUUCUUUGCUCAUACUGAGAUUCUUGAUCGCCGAAAGUGAACUUUGGUUGCCUACACUUGUUAACGGCUUUUGAUUCUAAGUCAACAUGCUCUCAAUGAAUCUCAAGACUAUGAAAUUCAUGAAAUUCAGACCUAGAAACAAAAGCUUGUAAUUCUACUAGCGUUAAUCUGGAAAGUAAAGCUGCAAGUUUUCUUUGAAGUUAUUUUGGACGACCAUUGGUCAAGGGAGUUGCAUUUUGUGUAGAACUAUCAAAGAGCUUUUUCCACUCCAGUGUUGUGAUCCGCUAUUUUUCAGUAGGCUAAUAGCCCAGACAUUUUUAGUUCAAAAGUAUUACAACUUUUGAAGAAAUAGCUUCUUACAUAUAUUCUACCUUUCGAUUCUUCAAACACUUUUUCAACUUUUUUUUCUGUCUAUGGUAUUUUGCGUAGUUGCUUCUUGAUAUCUUCGAUCAAUUAUCACUGUUGUUAUUUUGCCUUUCCGGCAACUUUCGCUCGAGCCAUUAAUCCUAGCAAUUAAUAUUAAUUUAACAUUAGUUGAGGAAUCCUUUACAGAAUGAGUCUCAGGGUUUUGUUUGCACUUUAUGCCUUUCUUUCUUUAUUAAGUUCGUAACAAUCUUUUUUACUUCCAUUUAGUAGCAAGAUAAUUUACAAAAGCCUAUCUCUAUAAACAGCUGAGAUCUCAUUUUUUCUAUUAUCUUUUAGAACGACACAGAUCUUCGACCCUUGUGCGUGUUUUGGAAAAUAUCCGAGUAAGUAAAUUUGAACUCAGAAAGUAAGUAAAUUUAAACUCAGAAAUAAGCGCUAUGCUGCGCAACGUUUGCUUUUGCAUUGAAUAAUGUGCAAUAUGAAUGAGAACAUAAAUUGCGUUGUCAUUUCCUUAUAGUAUUAGCAUUGAUUUAGUGCUUGCCUUUUAUAAUGAACGACUCCUUACACCACAAUCGAACCUCAAAACAGAAAAGCCCGCUAUGUCCAAGGCGUUCGUGACCGUUCGAAGAGAGUAUGAACACUGUAUAUGGCUAUGAUGGCCAUUAUUCCGACUUACAAGGGAGACUGGGGAAGCAAGAGGAAUGUCAAAUAACAAAGUAUGGCUUGAAUAAGUAGUCUGAGAGUAGACUGUGACAGAGAAGGGGGAUCCGUCGUAACAUUCCUAAAAACUUGAAAAGUUUGUCUCAGAACAAGUUACUACCCAUACUUCUUUGUGCGUACUAAUGCAUUUGCAACUUUUAGGUCUGCUAGUUCGUGGUCCACGGAAGGUUGUCGCGUCAAUUUAGCCAACUCUACUCACACUAUCUGUUACUGUUAUCAUCUGACAAGCUUUAGUGUCCUGAUGCAGUACAGUCCAGGAACGUAUACAGUAAAGGUGACCUAAUUCGUCAUUUUUUCUCCCUUCAAACUAAGUUUAAUCUAUUCAGUCAUUAUAUUUAUAACUAUAAUUCAAUUUAUAUAGUAUUUUCAGGGUUAUCACGAAGCACCAUUUUUCUUUUCUUUUUUUUUUCUUUAUUCUCUCGUAUUUUCGUAGGAAUCCGAUGAGACCGCCCUGAGUGUGAUAACUUAUGUUGGCAUCAGCAUAUCUCUUGUAGCCCUCGUUUUAGCCUUGGUAACUUUCAUAUCUUUAACGUAAGUACUUAAUCCCUUAUAAGAUAGCUGAGCAUAUAUUUAACGGCAGGCUUCUCAUUCUACUCAAACACAUCUUUUAAUGAAUUAACAAGACCGAAGUAGCACUUUCUUUCAACGUGACAGCUUAAUACCACAACCUCACUUAAACCAAAUCAUAAAAUGCUUACAUCUAUGUAAAUACCUUAAUCUCGUCAAAUGUUUUUCCUCUAUUCUUGAAGUUUUUGGGCUAUCUUGUUGUCGCAUAACUUAUGAAAUAUUUCACCAUUCUUUCCAGUCCGGCAUUGCCAAUACAGCUUAGCCACCGCGCUGCUUGCUUAGCAUCCUAUUUCUUUCAAUGUGAUUGACAUAAGUCGUAUUAGUAUUGGUAAAAAUUUUAUUCCAAAUUUGGUCUGAUGAUGAUGAUGAUACAGGUAGGGUGGUUAUGGUGAUAAUGAUGAUGAUGACGAUGAUCUUGAUCAUUAAAAUUAAAACUUUCAUUGGCUUUAAGUAACCAAAGUUAGAUUCAUCAAUCUUUAGAAUUCAAAAACAUAGUCAGAAUCUGUUUAAGACGAUCUAAUUCUAAAUUUAACGUUUUCAAGUUUUUAUUUUACAGCUUUUUGAGGUCAAACCGUAAUUUUGCCCACAUCAAUCUCGUGUUAUCCCUCAUCCUGGCUGAAAUGCUCUUUGUUAUCGGCAUUAAUAAGACUCGGUAUCAGGUAACUACAGUUCAUUUUUAGCUCUGUGCACGUUGCUGAAAGAAAAAAACAGAGGGAAGCUAAAAGAGAAAAAGGGGAUCCGAAAGCAGGCCUUCUAAAAAAUGUCAAUUGAGGGGAAAUAAAUUAAAAGGAUUUCUUACGCCUAGGCCAAACGUCGAACUUUUCUUUUUCGACGAACCAAACUCUAAUUUGGGUCGACCUUAGUUAAGUUAAGAUCGUCUGUUAAGUCAGACGUCGAACUUAAGACGCCUCUAACAAAUCAACUGAAUCAAACCAAAACAAGUUUAAUAAAUUUUCUCCUGAAAAAGGAAACUCAGUACGUUUGGUUCGUCUCAUGAAAAGUUCGACGUUUGGCCUUGGCCUUAUUCCAUUACGCCACCGCAUUUUACCUUCGUAUAGGGAUUUCAAGCGUCCCCUGGAUAAAGUCUUAACUGAUCGUUAGAUUGCAAGGUGAUGCAAAGACAUAUCUUAUCUACUUUAACUUUAGCGACUCUUUUUUUUUCAUAUUUUCUUGUUUUGUUUCUCUCUUUAACAGACCGCCUGUUUCAUCAUCGCCGUGUUUCUUCAUUAUUUGUUUCUUGUUGCAUUUUGUUGGAUGGUAAUUGAAGGAGUUAUCCUUUACCUGAUGUUGGUUAAAGUUUUUCCAACAACCAGUGGAGGUCCGAAGAAAAAACUGUUCUUUAUUUUCUCUUGGGGUAAGUUAUUGUGCAUUCAAAUUACGGUGGAUAGUUAAUUUAGAAAUCGAAAAUUGUCACUACAGUGUCUACUGAUUCUGUUUUUGUACAGAUCAAUGGGUAGUGAUUUCCAAUUUCAUUAAUAUUGAAAUCAAAGAGGACAGACGGCAAAUUGUUGUUGCUAGAAUUAAUGUAUGCAGGCUUUUAAUCCGUCAGUAUAUUAUUAAAUUCGAUUGCUCUUGUCACGACGAUCUAUUUUGUUUCAUUUCCAGGAAUUCCGACAAUUCCAGUUGCCUCAGCUAUUCUUAUCAACAAACAUGGCUAUACAACUGAUAAGCAGUAAGUCUUCAUCUAGAAGCAAUCUUUAUAAAGGGUGGCCAUCCAGCCCUUCCUGUUCUUAGUUGUGUCCAAUUGUUCUUUCAAGUGGACCCUGGUGGAACAACAACCCUAAGGGUAACCGCCAUAGUAUGAACGACGAUUUUGAACAUGAAAAUUUAAUUUCAAAUCUAAAUUAUUCAUUGAUAUAAAAGUAAUUUUUCCCUCUUUGAAGGUAACUUACUUGCUUCCUAUUUUUUUGUUUGUAGUUGCUGGUUGUCGGUGGAAGAUGGAUUUAUAUGGAGUUUUGUUGGGCCUGUUUUACUGUUAUGUGUGGUACGAUGAUACUCGAUCGGUUUGCCCAUGAAGAAAUAUUUCCAAGUCUUGUGUCUAAAGCUGAGUUGCCUUGAUCAUUCUGCCCAAUGUUCCUACUCUCAUAGCACAGUUUUAAGCAUAUUCAUUCUUUUGAUCUGAAGCGCCACAUACGAAAUUAAACCUGUGGGCCGGGUUGUUCAAGCUGAGUUCAGAUAACCCAAGGUUAAUACAAAAUCUGAAUUCAGAUAUACAAAAUUUAAAAAGGAAAUUGAGUUUAAUUUUUUUGGCUAUAAUUUGAUGAAAAAAGAAAAUUAUCUGAGAAAAUGAAGAAAACCCCAUUUUAAACUUUCGCUGCCCACAUAAAUUAACCGCACUUUACUAGGGUAGUCGCUAAAAUUGAACGCACGAUCAAAUCACUGAAGACAGUUGCUAAUUAGUUUUGUGAAACUUUCAGGUAAAUCUGGUGUUUUUAGGAAUGACAUUCAAAGCAAUGGCAAACAGGUCCACCAAGCAAACUGCUCGUAAACCGCCCCAGAUGCGGUAAGUCAGGUUAUUUAUACAACAUCCAUUUCUAUCUAAAGCCAACCCCCGCUCCGCGGGAGCAUUCUGAGCAAACAGUUAAGAUUACUUGUAGUUCUUCGAUUACCUAAUAUCCUUACCCUCAUUAUAUUUUCAACAAACGUUUUUACAAAUAAGCUGAUACUUCGAUUUCGUUGUCAUUUCGCGGUGUGUACCGGCAAAUUUUAGUAUUUUGGAAAGAUUUGUAAUAAAAAGGCCGCCAAAAUGAUGACUGUCUCAGUAUGUACAUAAUAAACACAAUACCAGAUGGAAAGUGCUUCGCGCGGUAUUUACGCACUCUUUGCUUUGGUAUCAGAAAUCGAACGAGUGAGCGCAGCGAACGAGUGAGAUUUCUGAUACGUCAACAACUCGUGCGUAAAUACCGUACGCCCGCCCGCAGAAGUAUUCUCUAUUUAUAAAACAAGAAAAGUGUACAGUGGAUAAUAUGAUGAUACUAAUAGAUCCAGUUGUCCAUUAUUUAUUUAACUGUACUGUAUAGGUAUAGCUACCUUAUACGUUCUGUAUCUGGAAACCAUUUGACUUCUCCUUUCCCUAAACCAGGUAUUGGGUCAAGGCAUGCGCAGUGUUAACUUGCCUGUUAGGUACUACAUGGCUUCUGGGUGUGUUUUUCUUUGGAAAGUCUUCGAUAGUUAUGGCGUACCUCUUCAACAUUUUUAACGUCCUCCAGGUAACUAACAACAUACCAUACCAUAGAAAGAAAAAACCGUCUCUUUGAUAGCAUCGAGAGAAAACGAGACAUUCGUUUGAAAGACUACUAAUUGGUCAUUGUCUUUACGAGCCAAUUGGUCUACAAAAGUUUGUGAAAAGCAGCCUUAAACUCUUAGAAAUAUGAGGGCCCAAAUUUACCAAAAAUGUAUUCCAAGAAGCAAGCAUUUCUUAAGUUAUUUUUUAAAAUAAAUUUAGGCUCUCACUUUUAGGGAUUUUUAUGAAACUUGACAAUUUCACUAAAUUCAGUAUGAUCAGUCGAACUUCGCGAAGACUACGAAUAAAAGGAAAAACUGCAAUUUUUAUUUGACCUUGGCAAAGGAUCUAUUAUUUCAUGUUUUUUUAUCGUACCGAUAGCUCCACAAAUCAUGUGUCUCCAGGUAUUGCAUUUAUGGUCGCAUAAAGGACCUUUCAAGCGGUUUCAACAUUUAUGUUCAAAUAUUGAAGAGUGGUAAAUGUGUUUACGAAGAAAUGCAGUAUAACCGGCUCACGUGUAACAGCUGCGAUCAGCAAUACACAUGGUAGCACGACACGCUUCAUCCACGACCGCGUAAGAGAACAUCUCAAUAAUGAAAACUCCUCUGUUAAAAAAUAUAUCUAUUCCUGCCAGAACAAAGACUGUAAAGGCAUUGAUUUCAAGAUUAUUAUGAGCGAAAACGACCCCGCUAACUUACGCUUCCAUGAAGCAUUUUACAGUUAGAAAGUGCAAGCCUACACUCAAUUCCCGAGAAGAAUGUAGUGAAUUCGCAGACCUUCUAUUUUAGUAUUCCAGUCUUAAGCGCGUUUAGAGGUCCUUUGUCUAGAGACACUUCAUCAUUAGAGCUUUGUAUUCGAUUCACAAUAUAUUUCUAUAGCUUUCAUACAUACGUCACAUCUUUUACACAUUUCACACUACACCUUCUUUGCAUAUAUAUAUAGCGCGCGCGGAAUAUUUUCUCAUCCCUGAUGAUGCCGUUGAUCGACGAAAGCUUGGAUUUUAGUUUUUACUUUUUAAACAGCAGUUUAAUACGGUGGCCUGUAAGGGACAUUACAAUAGGGAGAAAGGGAAAUCCCCCUCUCCUUUUUCCCUUCCUCCCUAUCCCCUAUCCCCUAUCCCCUACCCCUUUCGACGCCUGCUACGCAGGCUAUGGUAAAUGUGUUUUAAAAACGUCAGCGUUAAUUACCACAUUAAAGAAACUACCUGCUCAAGUCUCUUUAGAAAAUAAUAGGAAAACGUUCAGACGGUUAAUGGAGUUGUUUGCGACCUUUCUAAAAAUGCAGACUCUGAAAUAUUAGUUGAGAGAAUUAAUGUGUUGGUGUUUCCAUAAGUCAUGAACUAUUAUAAAUGCAUAUUUUUUUUUAAUUUCAAGGGAGUCUUCAUCUUCAUGUUCCAUUGCUUAGCUGAUGAAAGGGUACGACCAUUUCAUGUUAUUUCAUAUUAAUUUAUUUUAUUUUUUAUAUUAAAUGAAGCAUACCUUUCAUUAGAGAUUUAAUAGUAUUCGUAUAUUUUGCUCAGAUUCGUGCUGAAUACAAACGAGUUAUUUGUUGCCAUGGAAGUCGAAGGGAUUAUGUUCGGAGAAAAUCAGUUAAGAAAGCUGGACAGAACAAAUAUUAUUCUCAGGUUACCUUGGUGAGUAAACUGAACGGCGCUGAAUUAACAGCUCAACAAUUAGUUUUCUUUUUCUCCAUGAAAAUAAUGUUUGCUUGAUCUAUGGUAGAAGAACGAUUGAUGACUGUUCUUUUUGAUCUUUCUCAAAAAAACAAUACGACUCGUAGAUAAUUGAGAAAAAAUAGAGCGUUCUAGAUACAUUAAACUUAAAAUUAAAAGACCUGUUCCAGUCCCAAAGUGCCAGUUCAGCCCUGCAGGCACAAGUCUGAUUCAGCCCCUUCUGGAGCCAUUGAAGCACCCCCAUGAAAAGCCUAUUCCAGCCCUUGCUGGAAUCUCAUCUCAGCCCGUGGAUGCAAAUCAGUCCAAGCUAAAUGGACUGCAUAAGGGCCCUGAUUAAAGGGAGCCAAAUUAGACCCAAAAAUAGGACUGUAUUUUACACUCGCACCAAACUUACGGCCCCAUUUUCAGGGCCAAAACAGAUCUUUCUGAGUUGUUCAUCUGUUCAUAUUAUCCUUUAGCAGCAUGUUUCAAAUCAUGAUUAACCCUGAUCAUCGGAUCAUCGGAUCAGGUAUCCCUGAUGAACCCGUUGAUAGGCGAAAGCUAGGAUUCAAAUUGUAAUUGCAUCCAGCUUUAUAAAGAUGUAGUUCAUCAAGUUAAUUGAAGGUUUAUUUUGGACGUUCGUUCUGAUUUUCUCUUGCUCUAACAACUAAAUGUUGACACUGCAUGUUUUGUGAAGUGUUGAAUGUGUAAUGUAAACUAACCAUUAAGCUUCUUUCUAGACAGUUUCUUUCGCAUUUUUAAAGAUUGAUGGUUCUUUAAAGCCAUUUAGUUGGCAAAAAUCUAAAUUAAUACAAUUAUUUGAUAUUAAGGAAGGAAAUCUUUCCACCACCGUAUUUCAGUCUUCAAGGGACGUUGAAAAGAAAAGUAAGCCCCAAGGUAAGUCUCGCUGAGUCCAACUCUCUAAGUCUUAUGGUCAGGAGGAAGUAUUUGCUAUCAUUACAAUAAACAAAUUAUAGGCCGCUGUUUUAUCCUAUUCCGUCUUAAAGAAAUACGACCAGAGGAAAGAUUUUGAAAUUUCUCUCUAUUUCUAUUAAUUGUUUUUAAGUUCAGUCGUUACAUCCACGCACUGGAGAAACUAGUUGACAAUGGAACUGAUGCUUGUUCCAGUGAACAGGUGUACCUCAGAGCUGCACCAUUGUCGGUUAAUUUCUCCACUACAUGAGUUAUAUUUUCGGCAGUAUUAGGACAGAUUCUUACAAUAGGUUUUGACAUGGUCCUCCGUUUUUCAGUGGAAUAUAUUUUUUUCUAUUUUCUGUCCAGUUUGCUUGGGAAAGAAGGUGACUCAGGGUUUUGACGAUCAUUUGACCCACAAUUCCUUUGAGGCUGAGAUUGCCGAGCAAGAACCAGUCAAGGUAAAUUGAAUCAAAUGAAUCCUUUUUCGGUUUAAUUGGUUGUUGUCUUAUGGAAGAGAGUGUAAACAUUCCAAAAGAAGUUUAUUUAUUUUCGCUUUGUUCCAACACUACAACAAAACUUGUCAUUUGCAUUUUCUACUAUUUUUGUUAGCGAGUUCAGGGACCAUGGUUGCAAAUUGCUUGAAAUAGCGUACGUUUGGUAUUUCUUGAACAUUGUUUCAAAGUAUUCGGUCUGGUUUUAAAUAAAACUUCAUGGAAAUUUCCCUCUUACCUAACAAAAGAUGUUAUCCUCUUUGGUUAUCAUAUGCGCCAAUGUUUUUGGUACGCCAUUCACGAUGUUAUACGCUGAAUUACUUUCUUGCCUAUUAAUCCCAAUUUUACUUGGCAAAUUAAUCGAUAUUCUUUUUCUCCAAGGAAAUUUAGUUCAACAACCGAUACUUCGUUUCUCCCCUUUGAGAUGGUACAACUGUACAUUCACAGGUAACUGUGAGUGCACUGUUACUCUCGGGUGUCUCAGAUUUUAUUGUUGUGCGCUUAGAAACUUUCGCCGGGAAACAGUGUUGUUGUUGUUAGAUGUAAGCAGGAAAAGCGCCCGCUGUUAGGUAAAAUUAUAAAUUCCAUCUAUACAACAUAAUGUUAAUACCUUGCAGAGUAUUGACCGCCACGUAAAAGCGUCAUCGUUUUCAGUGAUCAUGGACCAAGAAGAGCCACUGAAGGGUGCAGCAAUGACGCCAGCCUUGGAGAGUAACCAACACAGCUGUAUUUCCGGUCUGGAUGACUCAGAUUAUCAAGACGAUGAUGAAAACUCGGUUGAUGUUUUUUUCGAAGAUAUUUCUUGUAGCUUAAUAGACAUUCGAAAGGGAAGACGGCUACAUGAUAAUUAG